GAUAUCUUUGAAGAUUUCCCUCGAAUACGUUACCAUUAACAGCUUUUUAGCUUCUCGAAUAAUUUGAAAUGGCUUUCGCUCAGCUUUUAGGCACAGGGAUAAUUUUAUCAUUGAUUUUGACAAUUGCCGAAGCCACUCGUCGUCUUUAUUUUCACCCCCUAGCUCAUAUUCCAGGGCCCAAACUUGCCGCACUUACCUGGUGGUAUGAGUCCUACUUUGACGUUAUUCAGCCAGGACAAUACGUCUUUAAAAUACAAACCUCCAUAAACAAUAUGGUAAGGUGGAAGAAGAAUUGUGUAUUGAUCAUUGCUGAGCUCGAAAUUACAAAAGGACCUAUCCUCCGAAACACUCCAGAUGAGCUCCAUAUACAGGAUGUUGGCUUUCUAGAUACUGUUUACGCUCCAUCUGCGUCGCCCAGAAAUAAAUAUGAAUAUCAACUUCGAACUCUGAGAAUUCCAGGAGGCGUGAGAACGACAGCUCGUUACGACCUCCACAAGAAGCGACGCGCUGCGUUGAGCCCCUUUUUCAGCAAACGAAAUGUUCUACACCUUGAACCACUGAUCAACAAGAAAGUGGAACAGCUUUAUCAAAUGAUUGAUAAACAUGCCAAAGAACAGUCGCCCGCCAAUUAAUCAGAUUUGCUCUUUGCCUUUUCCAAUGAUGUCGUCACAAACUUCUUAUUCAACCAUCAAGUUGAUGUUCUAUCAGAUGAGACUAGGGCUGUGGAACUUCGACAUAAUAGCCAUCAGCUUCUGAUGGGCAUCAAUAUAAAUAAGCAUCUACCUUCAAUUCCGGACUUCUCAGAAUCCCUUUCAUUAUCGAUAAGCAAACCAAUCAUGCCCCGGGUUUAAUAGAUAUGCAUGCGCCUUUUGAUGGUCCGCACCGAAUUGACCGAUAUCAUGAGCUCGAAGCCAUCCGAAGUUAGCAGUGAGAAGCUUUUGGGCCCAACGAAGAAAGAGUCUGUGUUCGCCUCAAUACUUGACAGUGCUAUUCUACCACCAACAGAAAAGACCUUGCUUCGUCUCCAACAGGAAGGAUCACUUUCGGUUUUAGCUGGGACCGAAUCACCCGCCCAAACACUCAAAAUAAUCUUCUACCAUCUACUUACAAAUCCAGCCAUUAUCGCGAAGCUUCGGGCUGAACUCGAUACGGCUCCAACACCUACUUCCUGGGCAACACUUGAGCACCUCCCAUAUCUCUCCGCAGUUAUUGACGAAGGAAAUCAUCUAUCUUUCGGUGUCACAGCUAGAACGGCUCGUAUCGCAGAUGAGCAAUUGACCUAUACUCCUUCCUCUCAUGUUACAUCGACGACAAACAAAGGCACAUUUUACAAGAUCCCUACGGGUACACCUAUUAGCAUAACAACGUUGAGCGCCCACACAGCCGAGACUGUUUUUCCAGAUCCCUUUGUGUUUGAUCCGGAGCGCUGGCUUGGUGACGAGGGUCGCGAACGCCGCAAGUAUCAAAUGGCGUUCGGUAAAGGUGGUCGUGUCUGCAUCGGCAUUGAGCUUGCUCGCGCGGAACUAUAUCUUGUUACGGCUGCUCUGGUUAUUAGGUUUGAUAUGAAGUUGUUUGAAACGGAUGAUAGUGAUGUGGGUUUUCUUUGCGACUAUCAAGUCGCAAUGCCGAAGUUGGAUUCGAAAGGGGUUCAAGUGAUGGCAAAAGCUUUUGCGUGAGUGGAGCUGUGAGAGGGCAUUAAUUUCAUGUCUAUGUACUCAACUUGGCAGGAUCAGCAUGUCAUCAGGCGUAGUCAGGCCAUAAGAAUUGUGAAUGUUCUCACACUCAGUGUAUAAAUCCAUAAGACAACAGAAUCCUUUUCGCUGCAUAACAUUCUUGAAAUAUUCUUUUGGACAUUCUGAACUUUUGGGGGGGAAAUAAACAAUAAAUUAUACAUUGAGAUAUAUAGAGACUAUAAUAUGAAAGGCAGAAAGAUGCAUUGUGUUUUUAGAAAGCGAAAUUUGAAAGACA